AAGUGAAGCCGGUAGAAGCCAAGCAAUAAAACCUGCUCUCAUUGGUUCAUUUCAUUCGACGAAAGGAGGCGCCGGAUUCAAACCUCGCUCAGCUAAGUGCUUUUUAAGCAACCGAGAAACAUUCCGCCGUCAUUGAACAGAGGAAACAAUAUGAACGAUGAAACCCGCAGCUUAUUUGAGCGAGUUUCCCAAAAGAUGGGGUGGAUUGGUGACAAUGCACUGGACAUAGCAGAGAAGAAGCUGAUGAAUUCAGUUGGAAAGAAACGUCACAACAUCCCAAGUGGCUAUCCUGCUGUGAAUUGGUCAAUAUCCCAUGUUCAUCCUCGAUUUGAUGAUGACGACAAAGAGAACCAGGGCGACAAAUGUACAAGCAAGGUCUUAACGGAGUCCAGCGAUGACGAAUUUGACAAAUUUCUCGUGAGCCAGGCUACUCCAAAAUCUAAAGCUACCUCAAAGAAACCACGCAGUGUUGUAAAGACCGACAGUUCCAAUGUUCCUAUUGUGAAUUUGGAUGAUGACAGUGAGAAAUUUGACAAAAUCCUGGUGAGCCGGGCUACUCCAAAACCUAAAGCCGCCUCAAAGAAACCAUGCCAUGUUGUGAAGACAGACAGUUCCGAUAUUCGUACUGUGGAUUUGGAUGAUGACAGUGGCAAUUUUGACAAAUUUCGUGUGAGCCAGGCUACUCCAAAAGCUAAACCUAUUUCAAAGAAACCAUGCAGCACUGUGAAGAAAGACAGUGCCAGUGUUCCCACUGUGAAUUCCGACGAUGACAGCGAUUUUGAAAAAUUCCUGCAACGUGUGAAAACGCCAACGGCCAAACCGAAAAAACUGUCAGAGAGUGAGGACAGCCUUAAAAAAUUCAUUGUGGAUGAUUACUCAUCAGAUGAUGACUUCAUAUUGACAAAAUCAUCAUGUAAAGGACCUAAGAAGAACAACACUCCGGCCACAUUAGAUGCUUUCAAGAAACCUUUGUCACUGUCUCAGUGUGGCCUCUCGGUUUUCAUUAGUGACAGUGAUGAUGAUGAGGACAAUAUUGUCAUCAAGAGCACUUGGAGGUCUCGCCACAAAACGCCAUGUUCUCUGCCUAAACCUGGCAGAAAUGCAAUGCUUCAUGACCAGAAGAACAGCCCACAGUCACCGUUUUUGCUCCCUGCACCCUCCUUCGUUUUUCCUCAGCCUUCCCCCCAUCCUGCAGCAUCUCCCAAGCAUACGCUUUUCAUUCCUUCCAAGCUGGAUGACUCAUCCAGUUCGGAAGAUGAGUUCAGAUCCCUACUUGAGAGACUUAAAAAGAACACAUCCACAGGCUCUUCGUGUUCUCCUAUGACGAACAAAGAAUGCAGCCAGGACCCACCUGUGAAGGUACCAGCCCAACCGAGGAUUGCCAGAUCCUUAGGUGAACAACCUCUUGAUGCAAGGACUCCAGCGAAAAGCACCACCUUGACUGUCAGUCAAACAGAACCCAGACAGGGCCCCGUCAGCAGGUUAGCAAUGUGCAAAACCCCAGGUUGCUUCCUGGAGUCCCUGAUAAACCCGUGCUCCAGAUAUUGUCGUCAUUUUAAAAAACACAAGGAAGAGCUCACCAGCAAACUAUACCAGAUGUACAACAGCAGCGUGUUUGACAAUGAACUCCCAGUCAAUAUGUCUGUGACUUGGAAUAAGAAGAUGCGUAAAACAGCAGGCUACUGCGUUACUGGGCAGGAGCGAGGAGACGGGAACCGAUACGCUCGCAUAGAACUCUCUGAGAAAGUCUGUGAUUCUGCAGAUCGCCUCAGAGACACUCUGAUCCACGAGAUGUGCCACGCAGCAACCUGGCUGAUCAACGGCGUAAGGGACGGACACGGAGGCUUCUGGAAGCUGUAUGCUCGCAAGUCCAUCCUGGUGCACCCUGAGCUACCAAUGGUGACUCGCUGCCACAGCUAUGACAUCAAGUACAAGUUUAUGUACCAGUGCACUCGCUGUCAGAACAAGAUCGGCCGCCAUUCCAAGUCACUGGACACGCAGCGGUUUGUGUGUGCACUUUGCACUGGUCAGCUCAUCUUGCUCGCGCCGUCAAAGCCUCGCCCUCCGACACCUUUUGCUAGCUUUGUCAAGGAAAAUUACAAGACUGUACGCCAGGAGUUCACGGGUCAAAGUCAUGCAGAAGUCAUGCGAAAACUCAGUGCAGACUUUGCAUCUAAGAACAAGGUGCAUGUUUUUGGAGGUGGGGGGAAGCCAGAGUCCCUGGAGGGAACCCACGCAGUCACGAGGAUUCUGGACCUUCGUAUUAGUAAUAAGCGGUGUGCAGUGAUCGGGGGGUCAGGUUUCCUGGGCCGACACUUGGUGGAGAAGCUCCUGGAUCGUGGCUACACAGUGGCCGUGUUUGACAUCCGACAGAGCUUCGAGCUCCCCGGGGUCACCUUCCACCAGGGAGACCUGUGCGACAUGGAGGCCCUGCUGCCAGCACUGAAUGGCGUGUCUCUGGUCUUCCACUGCGCCUCUCCAUCACCUGCAAGUGAUGACAGGCGACUCUUUGAAAAGGUCAACAUUCAGGGCACGAAGAUCGUUAUUCAGGCUUGCGCCAAGGCCGGAGUACAGAAACUGGUGUUGACCAGUAGUGCCAGUGUGGUGUUUGAGGGGGUCCACAUCAAGAAUGGCAGGGAAGAUUUGCCGUAUGCCAAGAAGCCUAUCGACUACUACACGCAGACCAAGAUUGAGCAAGAGAAGUUGGUCCUACGGGCGUGUGACAAGCAGACAGGUUUCCUCACAGUUGCCAUCCGUCCUCAUGGCAUCUUCGGACCCCGGGACCCGCAGCUGGUGCCAAUCCUGGUGGACACAGCACGCAGGGGCAAGAUGAAGUUCAUCAUUGGCGAUGGCACCAACCUGGUGGAUUUCACCUUUGUGGAGAACGUGGUUCAUGGACACAUCUUAGCUGCAGAGCACCUGAGGCCAGACUCUCCCAUCUGUGGCAAACCGUACCACAUCACCAACGACGAACCAGUUCGCUUUUGGGACUUCAUGUCGGACGUGUUGGUCGCUCUGGGUUACGCCGCUCCACGCUACCACCUGCCAUACACCUUUGUGUAUGGACUUGCCCUCCUCCUUUGGCUGCUGGCUCUGGUGCUACGCCCCCUGGUGUCUUUCAAGCCCACCUUCACGCCAAUGAGGGUGGCUCUGGCGGGAACCCACCACUACUACAGCUGCGAGCGGGCCAAGCAGGACAUGGGAUACAAACCUGUAGUCGGCCUGAAGGAGGGGAUCGAACGCACGGUGCAGAGCUAUCCUCAUCUCAGACACAGUGCUUGAUAGUAGAGUAGUAUAGCAGUGGUAUAAGCAGGUAUGGAGCACUUUUUGUGCCUUUUUAGUUGCAGUGUACCAUUUUCACCAGCAGAGGGCAGGAGUUGAUCCUUUCAGAAUGAAAGCACCUACAAAACUUAACCACAAACUGUGAAUUUAAUGAUAUUUUCAGAGAGGUGUUAAUCAAUGCUGUAUGUCAAUAUCCCCUUUCAUAUACAGCCAAAAAUGCAUUCCUUCACUGAACUGAUUAUAAAUAUUACUGUCAGUCAAAA